AUGUUUGUUUAUCAGUUGUUGAAACUGACAUCCGGUGGUUCUACUAGUGAAGAUACUGAACAACAACAGAAUGAAGAAAUCAGUGAAAGACUUGCAACGGAAUUCGCUUCUGCUUGCACUUAUUUACCUAUUGCAAUUAGUGAAGGCCUAAUUUCACGUGAAGAUCAAUUAUAUUUUUAUGCUCGAUAUAAGCUUGUCACAUACGGAAAAGCUGAUCCCAGUAGGAGGCCCAGAAUAUACGAUAUUGCUAGUCGUGAGAAAUUCGAUGCUUGGUUAGCAUUGAGUAACAUGUCAACGGCGGAAGCUAUGAGGCAGUAUGUUUCGAGGCUAGUCGAACUUAAUCUUGGUUGGGAUGCAAGCCAAACCUAUCGUAUUCGUUAUGGUGUUAGACCGAGUACAAUGGUGGACGCUGAAUCUACCGAAACUGAAUCAUCUGGCAUGAGUUUGGAGCAGAUAGAAUGGUUUGCUGCUUUAGAUGAAGGCAAUGUCAAGAAGCUGAAAGAUCUUCUAGUCAGCAAUCUAGCACUUCUAGAAGAAAGAAAUGAGAAUCAACUAACUGCAUUGCACUGGGCUUCUGACCGUGGAAAAUUAGAACUUGUUGAGUUCCUCGUCGAUGCUGGGGCUGAUGUUAAUAUUCAAGAUUAUGGUGGACAAACGCCUUUGCAUUACGCCGUUUCAUGUUCUCAUCGGUCUGUAACCGAUUUUUUGCUCAAAAAUGGUGCUGAUCCAGCAGUGGCUGACUUCGAAGGAAACUGUCCGUUAGAUAUCGUCAGCGAUGCAGUUAUCAGGAAGAUGUUGGAAGAUGCUGUUCCGGAGAGAGAAACGAAGCCGUGA